UGAUUUUGACUGUCAUGUCUAUGAACGUCAUAAACAUUAUAUUCGUAUUCAAUUUGAGAAGUUAGAAAUAUUUGUAUGAACAGCUUAUCCACCAAAUUUCAAUUUCAAAACGACAAUAAUGGAAGACCUUUCAGUUCCCCUCGUUAAAUACAGUCCAACUGUUCGAAUAGGCAAUUGGUUCGAAGAGUAUUGCCUUGAAGAGGAUGAGAUCCAAAAUUUCUUAGCGAAGCGAAGAACGGGAUCUUUACUUACGCAGAAAACGCGGAGAAUGUUUAGCAAUUUACUGCGAGAAAUUGACCUCGCAAAGGCAUCACCAUUUGUCAAAUUUGGGGAUGUGGUUCAAUUCGUUGCUUCGGAUUUGAAAAUUUCCAAGGAUUUUGAGGAUAUAAAGCCAGUGCUGUCAUUGGUAGUAACUGAAAAGAGGAUUCUUCAAAGUCAACAAAUUGAUGAAGAAAGUGAACCGUCCAUCGCUCCAUGCAUGAAACCGUGUGUUCGUAAUACUUUUAUAAUCAAAAGCCCUGAUGCGGUUCGACGUGAUGGCGAGGUCCUAAAAUUCGGACAAGAAUUUCUGAUCGAAAGCACACAAGGUGGCUGCCCAAAGUUCAUAUUGUUUAGUUCGCCAAAAUGCCAAAAUUUAUCGACUGCUUUCGAGCCAACCAACAUGGCAAGUACUGGAGGCGAAAUAGUUCUUCCAGUAGGUGUUUGCCCUAAAAUUAGCCCGGAGAAUUUUCCAAAUAUCCCUACAGGACACGCCCGCUGGAAGUGUCAACACCUGAUCCCCUCAAUGCGUUUUCAAUCAGAAGGCGAGCCUGUUCCUAGUAAUACUCGCCUGCUGAUCACCCAUGUGGCAACAAACCAAAAUUUGGCUGCAGAAAAUGUGGAAUUUCAAACAUUUUUCGGGAACGAGUGCCUGGUUUCUGUCCAUAAUUAUUUGGAUAAACUGAAGCGAGUACAAUGGCAAAAUGUUUGGAGUAUCCACUUAGGAAAUGAAAACGAUGAUGGUAAAUAGUAUUCUGAAGAUAAUCUAUUUGUAUCUUUUAUUCUAAAAAAUAAAUUCACUGAAACAAGA